AUAAACCAAACACCCAACCCUCCCGGCUUCAGUUCUGGCCAGUCAGACUUCACACGUUGUUGAUCGAGGUGGCAAACUGCACGAGCAGGUUGGAGCCACCCCAGCGAGCCUGUGCGGACUGCAGCCAAGCAUGCUGUGGUCGGACCUGCCCAGUUGCUGCACUGAAACGUUUGCUGGAUGGAAAAUCCAUAAAAGAAAGUUCCUGUGAGGAGCCCAGACGGACGAGAGCUUAAGCAGAAUCAGCUAGCCACCACGGUCUUCCCGGAGCACCUGGGAGCUGCCCACGCCCUGCUCAUGCGCUGACCUUCGCUAUGGGCAGACGGUACCCGGAGACCCACUGUCACCCAGGCAGCUCCUCUGACUCAGGUGUGGACACCUUGGCGGUGUUUAUGGCCAGCAGUGGAACCACAGACGUCGCCAAUCGGAACAGCCCGGCCACACCACCGAACACCCUUCACCUCCGCUCCUCCCACAAUGAACUGCUGAACGCCGAAAUCAAACACACAGAGUCCAAGAACGGCACCCCCCCGAAAUGCAGGAAAAAAUACGCGCUAACUAACAUCCAGGCGGCCAUGGGCCUCUCAGACCCAGCCACGCAACCCCUGCUAGGAAGUGGCUCUGCCAACAUCAAGCUGGUGAAGAACGGGGAGAACCAGCUCCGGAAGGCUGCAGAACAGGGGCAGCAGGACCCCAACAAAAACGCCAGCCCCGCAGCUGGCCUCAACGUCGCUUCUGAGAAGUUAGAGGGCAAAGAGCACCACCCGCAGGAGUCCUCGGGCUGCGGGAUUGUACCCUCCCAGCCCAGGAGGACCAAGAGCUUCCUGGAUUACUAUGUAGACCUGGAGACGUCGGCCAGGGAGCUCCAGCCGGACCUAGGCGGCUGCCCUGGGGUGGCCGAAGAGAAGUUGCAGGCAGGCCAGAGCCAGGCUUCCACUGUCUUUGGCAACGGCGACUUGGCGCUGGAGAAACCCCACAAGCCCCAGACCAGCCCCGAGGAUGGCCAAGGACCCACCGUAUCCUCCAGUCCAGAGACCAAAAAGGACCACCCUAAAACGGGCGCCAAAACGGACUGCGCCCUCCACCGGAUCCAGAACUUGGCACCGAGUGACGAGGAGUCAAGCUGGACCACGCUGUCCCAGGACAGUGCCUCCCCGAGCUCCCCGGAUGAAACAGCAGACCUAUGGAGUGACCACUCGUUUCAGACGGAUCCGGAUUUGCCGCCCGGCUGGAAGAGAGUCAGCGACAUCGCGGGGACCUAUUACUGGCACAUCCCAACGGGGACGACUCAGUGGGAACGGCCGGUCGCCAUCCCAGCCGAUCUUCAGGGUUCUAGGAAAGGGUCCCUUAGUUCUGUAACGUCAUCUCCUACCCCAGAGAACGAGAAACAGCCAUGGAGUGAUUUUGCUGUUCUGAAUGGGGGAAAGAUUAAUAGUGACAUUUGGAAGGAUUUGCACGCCGCCACAGUGAACCCAGACCCCAGUUUAAAAGAGUUUGAAGGAGCAACACUACGCUACGCUUCUUUGAAACUCAGAAACCCUCCACAUGCUGAUGAUGACGACUCUGGUAGCAUCAACAGUGACCCAGAGGCCAAGUGCUUCGCAGUGCGCUCCCUGGGCUGGGUGGAGAUGGCGGAGGAGGACCUCGCCCCCGGGAAGAGCAGUGUCGCGGUCAACAACUGCAUCAGGCAGCUCUCCUACUGCAAAAACGACAUCCGAGACACCGUGGGCAUUUGGGGCGAGGGCAAGGACAUGUACCUCAUUCUGGAGAACGACACGCUCAGCCUGGUGGACCCCAUGGACCACAGCGUGCUGCACUCCCAGCCCAUCGUGAGCAUCCGCGUGUGGGGCGUGGGCCGCGACAACGGCAGGGAUUUCGCCUAUGUAGCAAGAGACAGAGACACGAGGAUUUUGAAAUGUCAUGUCUUUCGAUGUGACACCCCAGCUAAAGCCAUCGCCACGAGUCUCCACGAGAUCUGCUCCAAGAUUAUGGCCGAGCGGAAGAAUGCCAAAGCCCUGGCCUGCAGUUCCUUACAGGAGAGGGCCAACGUGAACCUCGACGUCCCUCUGCAAGUCGACUUCCCAACCCCGAAGACGGAGCUGGUGCAGAAGUUUCACGUGCAGUACCUGGGCAUGCUUCCUGUGGACAGGCCGGUCGGAAUGGACACCCUGAACAGCGCCAUAGAAAGUCUGAUGACCUCAUCCGACAAGGAGGACUGGCCGUCAGUGAACAUGAACGUGGCCGACGCUACUGUCACCGUCAUCAGUGAGAAGAAUGAAGAGGAGGCCCUCGUGGAGUGUCGCGUGCGGUUCCUGUCCUUCAUGGGUGUCGGGAAGGAUGUGCACACCUUCGCCUUCAUCAUGGACACGGGGAACCAGCGCUUCGAGUGCCACGUCUUCUGGUGCGAGCCCAACGCGGCCAACGUGUCUGAGGCCGUCCAGGCGGCCUGCAUGCUACGGUACCAGAAGUGCCUGGUAGCCCGACCGCCUUCACAGAAAGUUCGGCCACCUCCUCCGCCAGCAGACUCGAUGACCAGGAGAGUCACAACCAAUGUAAAACGAGGGGUCUUAUCCCUCAUUGACACUCUGAAACAGAAACGGCCCGUCACGGAAACACCGUAGCUGCCUCUGUGAGCAACUCUCAUGUUCCCCGAAGGUUCGAGAGCUGCGCCGAGAAGAGCAAACCGACACCCGGCCUUCCGAUCUGUCGCUGAUGCUUUGGCUUCAGAGGAUCUAUCCCUAACCGGGCAGUGUUAGACAAGCAUGUUCUCUCGUCUUGCCACCAUCAUGUGAUAUGAAAAGAAGCAUGAAUACAUUUUUUUGCUGUAAGUGACAUCUUGAGCAGUGGAAGGUCUUUUUCUUACUGUAAAUAUCGUGACGUUACUUAACUGCACACACACACAGGAGAAUGUGGCCGCACCCCUAACGACCCGCCGUUGCAUCCCGGGAGUAAAUGAUGCCUGUGUUAGUUUCACUGUCGUCUUGACCGGAUCUGUCCCCCCGCACCUUCGAGUCCUCCCGCACCCUCCCCGUCUCCAGCAUCGGAAGUAGACGCUGCAGACACCACUGAAUCGCUGUAAAAAUAGGAUGACGCGUUUUUAUUUGAGUUUUUCAUAAAAUCGAACCCGCCGGUGGCAAAAUUGGCUGUUGGCAUCAGGACAGACACCAGCUGGCAGCUUCCUUGGACAAGGUUUCUGACACACGGACUCCAUUUCACGUCCACAGCUGUCAUGGGAUGUUGGAAAGCAAGCAAAACUUUUAAAUUGAUGACGAACUAAAUUGGAGGAAUUAAAAUCAGACAAAAAAAAAAAUAGUAACUUUUUCUUUUCAGGUGGUUUUCAAACUGAUUCUUUGAAAAAAAAAAAAAAAGAAAAAUCAUAAUGCAUUGUGGGGGGGGACAUAUUUCAAACUUCUGCCUUAUAUUGUACAAUGCAGCUAGAGAAUUCUAGGUCACUAUGGCCAUUUUCCACGUCAACAUGGGGAUGAACUUCUUCCCAUCAUCCUUUCCGCCCUAGUGUGGUGAUUAGCCAAUAUGCAAUUUGAAGCUGAGGAAGUGUUGUUAAUGUUCUGUUCCCAUCAGACAUGAGUAUUUCAGCCCUCCACCACCCCCGCCUUCUUAUUCCGUGUCCUCGCAGCAAGCGUGCUGCAGUCGAUCCGUGUCCUCGCAGUAAGCGUGCUGCAGCCGAUCCGUGUCCUCGCAGUAAGCGUGCUGCAGUCGGUCCAUGUCCUCGCGGUAACGUGCUGCAGUCGGUCCGUGUCCUCGCGGUAACGUACUGCAGUCAGUCCGUGUCCUCGCAGUAAGCGUGCUGCAGCUGUUCCGUGUCCUCGCAGUAAGCGUGCUGCUGCAACUCUGCGUUCAGCCCAGUCUCAUUCUGAUGCUUUUUGCCCAGAAAGUUGUCCGUCUGUCACUUUGCAUUCACAGCAACCAACUACAUUAAGUGGAACCUUUCUUAAAUCGAUGUAUAUACUAGAAUUUGUUAGUUUCAACCAGAUACAUUUCAAAAUUAGUUGUUUUUCUUUUCUCCAUUUUUUUCCAGAUUGGAAAAUUUCAUAUCAGACAUAAGAAUAAUGGGCUAUUUAACAAGUUUCCCCCAAAAUAGCAGUUUCCUGCUGCUUUUUGUAGGUCAGAAACUUACCCGUAAAGGUAGACAGAUUUUGAUUGGUGUGGACAUUGUUGUUUUAAAAGGAGGGGCGAAGGAGAGCAGUCUUGGUAUUAGUCUCGUCUACUUUUGAAUGUCAAAAUUCACGUUUACAAUAUCGUUAUAAAAGUAAUUCUUUGUUUAGACACUAUGUCCUUGUCAGAAUGGUUUCCACAUUCUUAUCACACUCGAGCCUUACAAGGUAGAGGAGGUUCCGAACACACUUGGGAAGUGUAAGUAUGAAGCACCAGGAGGCCAAUCAGCUGCCCCGGGUUCUCGCCAAAGUCAGUACCAGAACCGGGACUAGAACCCACGCCCCCUCGCUCUCCCCGGUGUACUGUGUCGUGCUGCUGCCACACUAGUCAGGAAGAGCCUGUCCAGAGUGACUCUGGGUGACACAAAGACCAGAAUGGAGGUAUUCGUUGAGAGGCACGCUUAGAACUCCCUGGGUCAGCAGGGAAAUAGGUCCACAGCACAAACGCAGUGGUGUCACCAAGCCACGGCCCCUUGGUCCAGGACUGUCAUCUGCAGCUAUGGCUCUGCAUGGCAGAGGACAGGAGCCUCCAUUCACUUCUGCUGUUGAUCUAGGAGGUCUUCCAGAGACGAUGAUACCUGUGGUAGAGAUUCCGAGCUCAUGGUACCAGAGACCAGGGUAAGCAGACAGCUUCCGGCCAGCCGUUCUGCUCAUAAUUCAGGGGCAGGGCCGAGGGGCCGGAACCGUCUGCCCGCACCCCUAACGUUAGGACACAAACAUGUUUCUGUGGAGUGCAUCAGCCUUCUCUCCCGCUUGUCCGUGAUUCUGUGUGGAGUAACCGCGUCAUCACAGAAAUGACCGCCUUAGGGGAAUCCUCCCUGCGCCCCUCGAAGGCUGUUGCAAUACCGUUCUGCUCUUUCGCCUCGAUUUCCACCGUGAGAGGUUCCUGCGUGACCCAUUUCUUAAUUCUAAACCACAGUCCACUUUUGAUCGUGGAAAUCUGCCAGAACCCCCUGGCUCUAUUUUUUUUUUUUUAAAGUCCUACAUCUGUCUGUCUUCAGGAUCAAGAAUACUGAGCUAGCUUUAAGUAGCAAACUGAUUUAUAUUAUAUAUGCAAUCAUAGGGCCGCGUUAAGGUGAGUGAUUGUCUUUACAUAUUGGGAACUUGACCACGGCUUGUUUUCAAAAUAGCUUUGCAUACUCAAUGCAAAUUAAUGUUGUAAAUUUCUGUUAAACAGUAUGUUCAGACACUUUCUGCCAUGGCCAAAAAGUACGUGUGACAGUGUGCGCGCGCGUGUGUGUGUGGGCAAGGAUGCCAGUGUGUUGUUCCCUGAGACCGCAGUGACACUUCAGUUAACUAUGCAUUCUUUCUAUCUGGGAUUCGGUCAGCAGGCAGCCAUGUCCACUAGGCCUCGUAUGUCGUAUCGUUUUUUUUUAAUUAACCUGUUAAAUACGGCUUGAAAUAUUUUUAUUUUAUUUAUUCUAUUUUUACUGAAAUAUACUGCAUUAUUGUGUUCGUGUACCUUGCCUGGACAUCCUCUCUCUCGGCGUGUCCGGGUCUGAGUAAUCUCAGUGAACUCUUCGUUGCCUACAAGGUGGUUUUGUAAUGAUUUGUAGUCACGUUUCUAUCAGAAUAUGUAGAAGAAAAGGCCGAGUGCUUAAAGUUCCUUUUAUUUUUUGAAAGCAGCUAGAUAGACGCAGACUUGCCGCCUCCCCUGCGUGCUCCUUGCCGGCUUCGCGGGGAGUAACCAACACGCCUAUGGCUAGAAACUUCCUUUCAGACUAACGCACCUGCUCGGUGCUCAGUUUUUAUAUCCCUCACAACGCGUGUGACUUCACGACAGAUACGACGUGUCCAGGCGCCCCCUGUCUCCACCCAGAGACAUGAUCACCCAUCGCUCCUUAGCGCCACUGUUCUCUGUCUGUCUGUCUGUCUGUCUGACUGCAUGUAUGGACAUGAGGCCCGUUCCCAUUAAAAUAAGUUUUGGUGAUAAACUGUUGGCACUGCUACUUUUUUAAAAUCCACUUUAUGGUUUUAAGAUGGACGCGGGAGGCGGCCCUUCACCCACCAGGGACCACGAGGCCCGCAGCUUUGCUCCGUGCAGGCCACACUGCCUCUGUGAGCAUCGCGACACAGGGUCACUCCAGGGUCUCAGCAACAGGUGUGUCUCCCUGCCCCCGGCAGUGUGUCUAAGCAUACCGUUCACUCUCCGCUCGGCCAGGCUUAACCGAGUACACGUCCCACCCAGCGUGCGUGCUCUCCAGCCCGCGAAGAGGAGGUCACUGAUUUCUGCUUCAGGCCAGAGACCGCCGCCCGCCCGUGUCCGCGAGAGCGUUCCCUGGCAUCCAGCUCGUUUGUCCUAAAAGAAUGUUCGCUUUUCCUUUUGCCCCUUUGCUGUCGACCACUUCGCACAUUUAAAUGUAACCUGUUGUGGGAAUAAAUUUAGCUGCAUAAA